GAGAGUCAUGUCAUUUUUAUCUCUGGGCCGCUUUCUUGCCGGCAAUUGAGGGAAUUCAUCUCCUCCCAGCGCGCAAUCCUCGCUGGGUCUCCUACCUUGUGUGAUUGACCAAAUCUCAAGAAUUUCUCUCUAUUGUCGUAAGAUUUAAUUUGUCUAUUGUGCAAUGCCUCGUAUCGUAGUGGUCGGUGCCGGAGUCGCUGGGCUCACUUCAGCCCUCCUGCUGGCCAAGGACAAGGAGAAUGUGGUGACUGUGAUUGCGAAGCACAUGCCUGGCGACUAUGAUAUCCAGUAUGCGUCGCCGUGGGCCGGAGCCAACUAUCUACCGAUGUCGACACCUGAGACCAGCAGGUGGGAGAGGAGGAGCUGGCCUGAACUGAGGAGAUUGGCAGUCGAGGUGCCUGAGGCCGGUAUUCACCUACAGAAGGCUCUCGUCUAUCGCAACGCAAAGGAUCUAGACCCCAACAACAAGGCCUCCGGGUUCGGAGAUGACCUCUUCAACGAGAAACCAUGGUACACCACCUUCUUCCCAGACUACCGCAGGCUGGCAGACAGCGAGCUCCCGCCCGGCAUGGCGUACGGGCACGAGUUCGGGUCCCUCUGCAUCAACACGGCCAUCUACCUCCCCUGGCUCGUAGGCCAGUGCCGCAAUCUCGGCGUCGUGUUCAAGCGCGCCACCCUGUCCCACAUUUCCGAGGCCGCAGCGCUGCACCAGGACAGCGAGACAAGCGCAGGGAACAAGACCACCACCACCAGCAGCAGCAGCAGCAGCAACAUCAUCAUCAUCAACGCGACGGGGCUGGGCGCGCUCAAGCCGGGCGGCGGCACGGUCCUGGGCGGGACGUACGCCAAGGGGAACUGGGACCCCAACCCGGACCCCAACAUUGCGAACCGGAUCAUGCAGCGGAUCGCGGCCAAGUUCCCGCAGAUUACGGGUGGGAAAGGGGUCGAGGGCCUGGAUGUCAUCCGCCACGGGGUCGGGCUGCGGCCGUACCGCGAGGGGGGCGUGAGGCUGGAGAAGGAGCUUGUGGGGGAUGUCUGGGUGGUGCAUAACUAUGGACAUGCUGGGUGGGGGUAUCAGGGCUCGUACGGGACGGCGGAGAGGGUGGUGGAGCUGGUGGGUGAGAUUCUAGGAAGGGCGGCGCCGGUGGUGCAGGAGAAGGGGAGGCUGUAGGAUCAUUUGCAAGGGGAAACGAUGAGUGAUAUGAGUGGGUGGAAUGGUUUCUCUGUCUUUGUCUCUCUCUCUCUCUCUCCCUCUCAUAUAUUUCUAUGUCCAAUUCUGGUCUAAUGAAUGGCUCAAUGGAUCAAUGGUGUUCAAGAUG